AUGCAGUCAAUCCGCUAUCUUAAAGCUUCCCUUCGCUCAAGUAGCAGGAAGACAACGACGCUACUGUUCGAAGCUCCGCCGAUAUUUCUAUGUCCAGCAGUUCGUGGCUUUGUUUCUAGCUCGGUCCAGCUUGUAAAUCCUUCACCAUGUCGUCGCAGCCCUCUUAGGCCCAGCCAAAUCUUGCGCCUUGAAGCACCAAAUACUUCUGUCACCCAAGAAAUUGAUCAUCAAGAUCCCCCCACGGAGGGAACAACACCUUCCGAUCCAGCAUCUAGAGCCGUUGAGCUUGGUCUGCCGAUACAAUGCACAGGUUGUGGCGCCUUCACCCAGUUUUUAGACCCUGACCGCGCCGGCUAUUUUAGUCCCGACAGGACAGACGUCAAGAAGAGUCUUGGCCUGGUACCACCACCCACCGCACCGCGAGAGCGGACGGAAGACGAGGUCGUCGAAGAUGUCAGCAAGCAGGUUGACAUGGAGCGCCUGCGCGCCAUGGGCAUCGAUGUCGACUCGCUCUUUGCCAGGUCCGACAGGUACGAGCCGGCGCCGUCCAAGACGCCGACGUGCGACCGCUGCCAUAACCUGGUCCACCACUCCAAGGCAGAGCCCAUCGCCCACCCGAGUGUAGACGCCCUGCGCGAGACCAUAGAGGAGACCCCGUACAAGUACAACCACGUCUACCACGUCCUCGACGCCGCCGACUUCCCAAUGUCGCUGCUGCCGCGCGUGCGGGAGCUGCUCGACAUGAUGCCGCUGCGCUCGCGCAACAGGCGCGCCCGCCACGGCCGCUACUUUGAGGACCGCAAAAUAGAGAUGAGCUUCAUCAUCACGCGCUCCGACCUCCUCGCCCCCAAGAAGGAGAUGGUAGACCGCAUGAUGCCCCUUCUGAUCGAGACGCUGAGGGACGCCCUCGGGCGCUCGGGGAGGAACGUCAGGUUGGGCAACGUCCGCUGCGUUAGUGCUAAGCGCAAUUGGUGGACGAAGCAGCUGAAGGAGGAGAUUUGGGAGAGGGGCGGCGCCGGGUGGAUGGUAGGCAAGGUCAACGUUGGGAAGAGCCAGCUGUUCGAAGCGGUUUUCCCCAAGGGCAGGAUGGAGUCUGGCAGUGGGACCAAGGAGGCCGCCACGCCGAUCGAGGUCAAGCUCCCCCCUAAGCAAGUGGCUGCCGAUGGCGGCAUUAGUCUGAUCGAGCAGGCCAAGGCCGAGCUGGCUGGCCGGUCGACACUAGAGGCCGACGAGCUAGAGGGAGAAGACGACGACAACCUCGACGAGUUUUCUCUUCUGCCGCCCCAGCGCCCGGAAACCAACUACCCCGACAUGCCUGUGGUGUCGUCGCUUCCCGGCACGACCGCCUCGCCCAUCCGCGUCCCCUACGGCAACGGGCGUGGCGAGCUGAUCGACCUCCCCGGCCUGGAGCGCUCGCUCCUGGACCGACACGUCCUCCCCGAGCACCGUCACCUGUUGCUCAUGAAGCGCCGCAUGCGACCAGAGCAGCAAGUCCUCAAACCCGGCCGCUCCCUCCUCCUGGGCGGCUUCAUCAGACUCACCCCUCGGACUGACGACCUUGUCUUCCUCACCUACGCAUUCACGCCCAUCACGGCGCACGUCACACAGACGACCAAGGCGAUAUCGAUCCAGGGUCAGACGGGCGAGGUCAACGUCGAGAACAUCUCGGUGCCCGGCACCAGCGAAAAAAUCAAGCUGGCCGGCUCCUUCCCGCUCAAGUGGGACGUGACAAAACACCGCGCCGGACCCAUCACCCGCAGGGACGCAGUCAAUCUCAAGGUCGACCGCCUCCCCUACCGCGUGCUCUCGACCGACAUCCUGAUCGAGGGCUGCGGCUGGGUCGAGAUCGUCGCCCAGGUCCGCACCAAGAACCUGUACAAGCCCCCGCCUCCCCCGCAGCCCAAGACGGUCGUGGACAGCAACGGCAUGAUCCAGAGCCUGGACCUUUCCGACGACCCGGCCGAGGCGCCAGACGACGGCAGGAGAAAAGCCGAAAGCGACGAGCCCAACUGGCCCAUCAUCGACGUCUACUCGCCCGAGGGCAAGUUUGUCGACGCCAGGAGGCCCUUCAACGCCUGGCUGUUGAACAAGGUCCUCGAGCCCAAGAAGGGUAGGCCCAAGAAGAGCAUGAUCGGUGACAAAAAGCGUAAGAAGGCUGCCGCGAGGGCGUUGAAGGAGGCGCAGGGCGGUGGUGGUGAAAGUGCUUCAUUUUGA